CGUGCGGCCCGCCAGAUGUGGAUCACCAACAACUGUUCAUGUUCGGGGUUGUUGUCGAUGCUGGUGCUGAGCGAGCAGAGCGUGUGCAGCGCGCGGGCAUCGGUGAUGAUAUACGAUGACGUCAAUAAAAAGUGGCUGCCAUCGGGGUCGUCGACAGGCCUGUCUAAAGUCCACAUAUACCAACACACAGUCAACAAUACCUUCAGGGUUGUUGGUAGGAAACUACAGGAUCAUGAGGUUGUGAUCAAUUGUGCCAUACUAAAGGGUCUGAAGUACAACCAAGCAACGGUUACGUUCCACCAGUGGCGAGACAACCGGCAAGUUUAUGGUUUGAAUUUCUCCAGUAAAGAUGACGCAGAUGCAUUUGCACAUGCUAUGCUUCAAGCACUUGAGGUGCUCAACAAUGGAGGUAAUGUACGGCAAGGGCCCCCACCACCUCCCCCAGCAGCUCCUCCCCAGCAGGUGCAGCAACAGCAGCAGCAAUUGCCACAACAGCCACCCAUGAUGACUCAGCCUCAGCAACAGUCUCAGCCCCAGUACCACAACCAGAUCUACAACGACGAGGACAUGGGGUACAGGUAUGCUGAUCCCCAUGCCUACAACAACCACUACGAGAAAACCUACGACAGGACCUACGACAACUAUCACCAUUAUCAUGAUACGCGGACGAUGACGCGAGAAGAUGUAGCAGUGAUGCAAGAGCGUCGCAUGGCUGGCCAACAGAACAUUGGAGCACCUCCACCACCUCCACCUCCUGGUCAUCAUCGCACCAACUCAGCCCCCAAUGCGCCCCCAGCACCUCCAGGACCCCCAGCACCCCCUGGCUGUCCUCCCCCACUUCCAGCUGGUGGUCCUCCUCCUCUUCCCUCAAGUGGACCUCCUGCACCUCCAGCACCGCCAGUGGGAGGUGGUCCUCCAGCACCACCUGCACCUCCUGCUCCACCUGCAGGUGGACCUCCUCCUCCUCCAGCUCCUCCUGCUCCACCAGCUGCUGCUGCCCCACCACCUCCACCCCCUCCACCUGGUGGACUAGCAAGAUCUCAGUCAUCAUCUGAUGAACCAAGUGGGUUAGCUAAUGCUUUAGCUAGUGCCAAACUACGUAAGACUCGUGCCCCAGACAGUGAGAGUACAGGCUCCAGCAGCUCUGGUGGCAGCAUUGGACGUGGCUCAGGGGAACGGCCAGCAUUAGGUGGUAUGAUGACUAUGAUGGAUGAAAUGGCUGCCACACUUGCACGACGCAGGGCCAAGAACAAGGACCCUCCUUCAUCACCCACACAGUCACAGGACCCACCAAGAUCGUCACAAAAGAGUCCUGGGAACACUUCCUCAACAAAUGGCAAGACUGGACCUGAAUCACCCAAGCCUUCGCGAAAGAGGUUUGGCUCCACCUCAGACGAUGGAAGCACCCCCAGAGUCAAUGGCCUUGGAGAAUCAUCCAGUGGUGGGGGGGCAUCGUCAGGAGAGCUGGAGAGACUUAAAGAAGAGAUAAUGGAUGAAAUGAGGAAGGAGCUAGAUAAAGUAAAACAGGAGAUAAUUGAUGCUGUCAAGAUGGAGCUAAAUCGAAGAUAAGUGUGAUCCUGCUGUCAGAGAAAUAGGAGCCCUUUGGAAAUAGUGGCAUUUCUCUAGGAAAGUCGCAAUUACAGGGCCUACUUCAUGAUUUAGGGACCACUUACCUUUUCUUAAUAGAGGAACUGAUUUGGUACAAGUGAGGAAAAAUCUGUACCAUAUACAAUGCUCAUAUUUUACAUUAAUGUAAAACCCCAGGACAUUAUCAGUUGAUACAUGACCAUUGUUAUUGAAAUGAUACUAUAGUUGUGUUUCCCAUACUAUAUUAUUGACCAAAGAAGGUGUUCUUGGUGCAAAGCACAAAUGACUUGUGCUGUAUUCCACACAAUAGUCUAUGGAACUGCAAGAGGAUUAGCCUGUUUGUGUGGCUGAAAGAAACUUUUUAAUGGCAUUGUGGUAUGUGUGUGUUAACAGGAGAGUGGCCUAUAUGUAGUUGAGUGGUGCAGGGCCACAAGCUGGCUAUCUUGUGCUGUGGAUGGACACAUGACACAUCCUACAUAUUAUUCUAGCUAAAAUAUCAGCAGGGCUUUGAUUAAAAAGUCAUUUUAUAUGUUAUUUGUGAGUUUAAGACAAUGUGUAUCAACAUGGUUUUAGUAAUAUGGUAAGGCCUUUUUGAUUUUAUAAAUAGAAAUUACAUGAAAAGCAAAGGUAUUUCAUGAAGCACUGCUUUUGAAUGAUAUGUCAAGUUUCAAAAACUGACAAAAUGUACAGCUCAAUUGACUUGAUGUAGUCAAAGGUGUAGUGAUGUUAAGCCAUGCUAGGUAUACUCAGUUGUGUUCAGUGUGCUGUUAGUUCAACCAGGCAUCAGAAUGGAUGAAUGUGAUGAUGAUGCUGACCUCAAACUGAUAACAUGGUUUUGAUUGAACUUCAAAAAACACCAGUAUGGACUUGGUGCAUGAUUUGCAUUUCGUAGGAAAGAUACUUUGUUUAUAGAAUUGGCUUCUUGUCUACUUUUGUACAGCCACACCUCUUAACUCACGUGCUUUAUGAAUGAUUGUAAAUGAGAGCCACACUGCCUAUCCCAUGGUUUCCUCCACAUCAAAUUUUGUACAAGCCCUGCCCCCUUGCACUCCUAAAUCUUAUGUACAUAGUGCCCUCCUCACCCAGGGUUGGAAGGGCAUGUAGGAUCCACUUCCUUGGACCCUCAUAAGCCUUUGCAUUUAGUACAGUGUCAGUUUUCAUACUCUUGCUAGUGUUUUUUAUGCAUUGUCAUGGAAUUAUUACUAUGCCACAUUAGCAUAUAUGAUUAUGAUGGUGAAAAUUGUAUUACUUUUUUGUAAAUAUGAUAUGUAGAUACAGUGGUGAAUGUUAGUGGUAGUGCUUCUGUGGUCUUUGCUCACCUAUGCUGCUGAACGGACUAGACUGAAAUUUCUGAAUUGUGCUCAAGUGCUAGAUUCAUCUCAAGUAAAUUACAUUUCGAAGAUGAGUGAAGAGUCAAUCCAUCGGCACCAUUUACCAAUAGCAGCAUUUGCAAGAAUAGUGUGACAUAUAGUAAUAAGGAGAUCGAUUAAAUGUUAUUGACUAUUAUUUUUACCCCCCUUUCCAUAUGAUUUCCCCUGAUUUUUUCUAAACUGAGUAUUAGUGAGCACAGUUCAAGAAACAGUCCUGAAGAGUGCAGUUAUCUGUAUGCCUUGCCAGGCUGUCUCUAGACAUGGAAUACCAGGGUCAAUUUGGUAUCUAGUCAAGACUCCAGAGAAGAUCACUAGUGAAGACAAAGUGUCUUUUAUCCACAGGAUGCAUGUUGGAAUUUCAAAUAGCUGAUCAUGCAAUAGUGCUACAAUCUUGACAAAUCUGUGCUGCUUGGUGAGUGUGUUGCAAAAAAAGCAGUUGUGAGUCAAAGCCAGUAUUUUUUUUCUUUUAUUUAUAUAUAUAUUUUUUCCUUUUGAAAAUUAUUGUAAUUCAAUAUUAUUCUCACUAUCAUUGCAAUUUUUAUUUAAUUAUAGCAAUUUGUACUGUGUAAAAAUAAUGAAGAUUCAUGUUUUUUAGCAAUGCCAUACAUAUGAUGACUAUAUAACCCUUUACGAUCACUUGCAGUGCUUCCAUUUUGUUUGAUGGUAAUGAUGUCUUUGAAACGUUCUCAAAUAUGUAAGGGAUUUGACAUAUUUCUUAUGAUUUUAGUUAUUAUUUUUGUCAGUUGAUUUCAAAAAGCAGGAAUUGCCCUUCAAUGUUCAGUUUUUCUACAUUUAUUGCAGAGUAAGAAGAAUGCAAGAAUUUUUUUAUACAUCACUAAUGCACUUACAUAUAAACAUGCAGAUACACAGGUACACACAAUGCAAACUCAGUGCACACAACUACAUUCAUAUGCAAACAAUGGGAAGGAGAGUGAUAACAUAAAGAAAAGUGUAACAUAUAUUUAUUUAAAUGCUGUGGGUAUGUGAGUUGAGUGUGUGCGCAUGUAUGUGCUUGUGCAUAUGAUCAUGCAAUAUUGUGAUUGCUUCAAGGUUUGUCUUUCUAUUCAGUUUUAUUCAUUUUAGUUUCAUGCUUUUUAGGGUAAUGUAAGAUAUAUUUCAUAUUUAAAACUACUGGCUAUCUCAUGUAGUUGAAAAUAAAGCACGAUCCAAAUGAAAACAUUGCACCUUCUAACAUAAUGGCAAAGAGACCACAUAAGGCAUAGAGUUGGAAAGUAAUGUUAGUUGUAUCUCAGACGGAUGGAAGGCAAAACUUCAAAAGGUUCAGAAUUCCUAACCCUCUCUAAGGACUCGGUUUCAUUAUAGCCAGCUAUAUUUGCUAGGUGUUGAAGAUCCUCUUAGUUUGCUGGUACUUUUCUUGCAUGUCAAAGGAAACAGGUAGUGAUUGAUAGGCCCCAUUACUUAAGUGCACUUGACCUGGUAUGGUUAUUGUUAGCACUUUCUGAGUGUCUUCGGAUGUGUGUGAUGCAUCAUUUUUUCUCUUUUUAAGUAUUAUAAGUUGCCAGACUAAAGAUGAAAUAAUAUUUUAUUUAUAAUGUGAGUUUUGUUAAAUUGCCAAUAUUUCACUCUUUAAUUAUGUGAUGAGUGCUUUUUUUGACAUAGACAACUCAUUUACCUUAUUUUGAUGCCAAGCAGUGUCAGGAGGUGAAGUAUUGUGAAAUUUAAGAAAACACAUUUUUACCUAUGGGAAGUUAAAUGCCCUUUGAAUUUGAUUUAAAAAUGCUUACAUAUAUGAAUUUUUAAUUAGGAGAGAUUGUCACAGAGGCCUAUGUUUCAGCAAAUAGUCAUGUUUUCCAGAAUUAUGUUGUAAAGAUGUGUAAUGUGAAUGGGUUGGUAUAUAUGGAUAUUUUUAAGAUGAAAUAGUGCCCUUAAAUAUGUAAAUUUAAUAUUCAUUGAUUUUUUCAUUAUUUGGAAAAGACAGAACUUGGAACAAUUGAGGUAUUACAGAUUCUUUAAUUAUGGUAAUAUACUUUGGCCAUGGUUAAUGAAGCUUUUAUAUUUACUUGCAUAUAAAAAUAAUGUUGAAAUUUUAAAACAAGGUUUAUGGAAUUUUUCAGUUAUUUGUGUGUUUUGUACUAACUUUAUCAGAAUGAAUGCAAAUGAAGCAUAUUUGGAAAUCUGCUUAAUGAUACAUGAUACAUAUCUUAUUAGACCUAAAAGAAAAUAAAACUUUUGAUAAAUGGAUAUUCAGGAAAUAUUUUGUAUGAA